AAAUUCUUAGAAAAUGUAGGCAUUCAAGGGUUAAUGCAGAACGUGAAAAAAUUUUUGUGGCAUAUAGAGUAUUUUAAAACGUGGCAACAAUUCAGAGUACUAAAUUAAUGUUAAGAACGUGUGGAGUAUUAUUUGCGUAUGUGGUGUAAUAUAUAUAGUAAUUCUAAUAUUUUAAUAAAAAUAUAUUACAGAACAAUAAAGUAUUAAAAUUAAAUUUUUGUUUUUGAUUGAGACUAAAAUAAAAAUAGUUAAAAUUACGGCGAAUUUUAUCGCGUCAUUUGUGUACUAAAAACAAAUAUAAUUCGCCGAAUUCUCCUUAAUUUUUCCGCCAUUUUAAAAGCGAACAAAUGUGAAGUUGGAUUUCAAUGACUGCGUUGCUUGUUUUAUAUAGUUUCUGAAAAUAUUUAUUUUGAAGAAAUGGGAAAUCAAUAUGAUACGUGAAAAACUACAAGUUUGGUUAUCAUGAGGUUUUAAUUUUAUUUUUACAAUAAGCAAAAACAUUUAAGCACAUUUUAAAAAAAUAGUUUACUUGUGUAAAAAAAAUUAAAUCACUAAUCUUUUAUUAAAAAAAAUUAUUGUUUUGAAUUGUACUGAUUUCGUGUUGUGUAGAAAUAAAAAAAAAACUAAAAAAAUAUAAUAGUGUAAAAUAAUAGAACCAUAAUGGAUAAGAAUAUGAUGCUACCAAAACGAGCGCGCUUGGACGUGAAAGGAACAUUUGCCAAUGGUCCGCUCCAGGCACGUCCACUUGUUGCUUUGCUUGAUGGCCGAGAUUGUUCAAUUGAAAUGCCCAUACUAAAAGAUGUUGCAACAGUGGCCUUUUGUGAUGCGCAAAGUACAUCAGAAAUACAUGAGAAGGUUUUAAAUGAAGCUGUUGGAGCUCUUAUGUGGCAUACAAUUAUUUUAACAAAAGAAGAUUUAGAAAAGUUUAAAGCUCUGCGUAUUAUUGUUCGUAUUGGGAGUGGCACAGAUAAUAUUGAUGUUAAGGCAGCAGGUGAACUUGGUAUUGCUGUAUGUAAUGUUCCCGGAUAUGGCGUGGAGGAGGUGGCUGACACAACUAUGUGUCUCAUUUUAAACUUAUAUCGCAGAACUUACUGGUUAGCGAAUAUGGUGCGAGAAGGAAAAAAAUUUACCGGACCCGAACAAGUUCGGGAAGCAGCACAUGGGUGUGCCAGAAUUCGUGGAGACACAUUAGGUUUAGUCGGUCUUGGUCGAAUUGGUAGUGCCGUCGCUCUGAGAGCAAAAGCGUUUGGCUUUAAUGUUAUAUUUUAUGAUCCGUACCUUCCGGAUGGUAUAGAUAAAUCGCUUGGGUUAACAAGAGUCUACACCCUACAAGAUUUGCUUUUCCAAUCAGAUUGCGUAUCAUUGCACUGUACACUUAAUGAACACAACCAUCACCUUAUUAAUGAAUUCACAAUUAAACAGAUGCGACCUGGUGCAUUUUUAGUUAAUACCGCACGAGGUGGUCUUGUUGAUGAUGAAACUUUAGCCCUUGCUUUAAAACAAGGCAGAAUAAGAGCAGCUGCUUUAGAUGUCCAUGAGAAUGAACCCUAUAAUGUAUUUCAAGGAGCCCUCAAGGAUGCCCCGAACUUAAUAUGUACACCACAUGCAGCCUUUUUUAGUGACGCAUCCGCAACGGAAUUGAGAGAAAUGGCUGCCACUGAAAUUAGACGGGCAAUUGUAGGCAAUAUUCCAGACGUUUUAAGAAAUUGUGUGAAUAAGGAAUACUUCAUGAGAACCCCAGCCUCAGCUGUAGCAGCAGCAGCAGCUGCAGCUGUUUAUUCAGAAGGAAUUAAUGGCGGAUAUUAUACUGGAACUAUUCAACAAGCACAUAGCACAACACUACUUGAUUCUCCUCACUGCGUUGGAAGUGGUAUAGCUGCUCCAUCAUCUACGGCAAGUAGCUCUUUGGCUGCAACUUCAGUUAAUCCAAUGCAUCCUAAUGUGGGACAUCAGCUUGGAAUUGUGAGUAGUAAAUCGCCUCUGAGUGCACCCGACGGUAAUAACCAGCAUUCGUCUAUAAAUAAGCCAGAACAAUCAGAGGUAUAAUAGAUGCAAAAAUAUAAAAUUAAAAUAAAAUAAAAAAUCUUAUGUAUACAAACUUAUGUU